CUCAUUAACAGUUUUGAAAUUUUAAAAGACGCUUUAUAUAUAUUUAUACUUUUAUACCUUUAUACCUUUUUUAUUAUACCUACCAUUUACCAGUUUAUUUACCAUUUUAACGGUGAAAAAUGAAAGAAGUGCUAGGAAUGGCUUGUAUGGAAUUGAAUUUGGACGAGCUCGAUUACCGCGACAUCGGCGAAUGCCUUGCUGAACUCACCAAUGAGUCUCUUGAAAUAUUUCGAAAAUACUUUGAAAAUGUUUUGCGUGUGAAGUUUAGGCAACCAACACCUGAUAGCAGGUUGUACAAGAUCCUGACCCACGACCUGGAGGUGGUCAACUUCGAGCUAUGGAGAAGGAAGCAAAUCGUGGUAAUGGGCGAGUUCAAAAAGCGCAGAAGCAUGAAGGAGCUCAGGUGCUUGACUACUAUAGUCACAUUGAUUUUGAUGACUAUAUAUCCCACUCCCCGCCCCUCCAACGCGCCCCAGCUUCCGCUGUUCUUCGAUUGUGCCUAAUUCCUAAAAGGAAUGUAUACAAUAUUAAACUCUUGAAGUUUAAUUAAUUCGUUCGUUGGAUUUGCUUUUACCAUUAAAUGGUUGUUUUUUUCUACUGCAAUUUUGUAUUUAAAAAUUAUUAAUGUGAUGUUCAAUGUGUUCGUGAUCAAAUCCUUCAGAUUUGAUCAAAAAAUGUAAUUAAUUAAAUGUACAUUUUUUUCAGUUGAAAUAAAUGUUUCAUUAAAAA